CAAAAAAAAUUAGAAAAACCUGACUUGGAUUAAUCAGAUACUUACGGGUUUGCUGGGCUGAUUGGAGUGAUCAUUCGACGCAGAUUUUGGCUGGAAUCAUGAAGGCUCAGCUGGCAGCGCUGUCCGUUUUCUUCCUUUACUUCAUUUGCCAGUUGUUCCUGGCAGCUUCUUCUGGAGAAGCGUUGGGAAAGGGUUUUGGAGAUCAUAUUCACUGGAGGACACUAGAAGAUGGGAAAAAAGAAGCAGCUGCCAGUGGGUUGCCUCUCAUGAUAAUCAUUCACAAAUCCUGGUGUGGUGCUUGUAAAGCUUUAAAACCAAAGUUUGCUGAAUCAAAGGAAAUAUCAGAGCUUGCCCAUAAUUUUGUGAUGGUGAACCUUGAGGAUGAAGAGGAACCCAAGGAUGAAGCAUUUAGCCCUGAUGGUGGUUACAUUCCCAGAAUUCUUUUUAUGGAUCCCAGUGGAAAGGUGCAUCCAGAGAUCAUAAAUGAGAGAGGAAACCCCAGCUACAAGUAUUUCUAUACUAAUGCUGAACAAGUCAUCCAGGGAAUGAAGGAAGCCCAAGAGAAGUUAACAGGCGAUGCUUUCAAGAAAAAACAUCUUGGUGAUGAAUUAUAAUACAUUGGAGAACAGUUUUAUAUAGGUUCUGAGUCAAAAAUUAGAUAUGGAUCUUCAUCUUUCUUAUUUUUUUUCAGAUGAGGAAUUGUAGCUGCACUGAAAAAAUGUUUUUCCUAUUGAUAACUUGUUAAAACAAAUACUGUCUCAUUUUCACACAGUGAAAGAAAAUAUAGAAUUAUGUCUUCUUGUUUACAUUGAAAUACCUAUUUAUAAGAGAAGGAAUGUUAAUAAUCUUCAACUAACUAGCACAUACUUCAGCACUGACAAAUUAGCAUCCAGUGGAGUUUAAUUCUUCAUGAAAUGCAUUUUUCUAUAUGAGGAAAAGGCUGGUAUGUGGUUUAUAAUGAUGAUGUUAGCCUUACAAAAUACUCUCUUUUACUGUCAUCAUAAAUAUACUUACAACUAAAUUGUCUAGUUUCUUGAAGAAUUUCAUAAUAUUAAAGAUUGUAGUAUAGAAUAUCCCUUUUAUUGUUCAAUAUAAACUGUAGCAAGGAUAGGUAACCAGGCCUUCUGAUAUUUUGGGCUAUCACUCCCAUUGUAUUUUAUGCUUAAUGGACCCAAAGGGGAUUUUAGUCCAAAAUGUAAAGGGUAUCGGGCUGCCUAAACUGAGCCGUAUAUGUGGGUCUCAACAAGCCAAAUAUGCUCAACUAGUUAAUCUGAUAUGAUAGACUUGAUCUCCUAUUUGCUUAACAACCAGCAUGAGGAAUAUUGGAUAUCCAAACGUGUCUAUUUGUGUAUGUGGGUCCUCUCUGGUUCAUUUAGACCAGUGGUUCCCAACCUUGGGUCCCCAAAUGAUCUUGGGCGAAAACUCCCUGAAGAACUCCUGGAAGGCGUCACCACUAGCUGUGCUAGCCAGGAUUUCUGGGAGUUUUCAUCCAAGAACAUCUGGGACCCAAAGUUGGGGACCACUGAUUUAGACAAAUGUUUUUCCAUUUGUGUACAUGUAUUUAGUUAUUUUACUAAUGAAAUCAAAGAAACAUAUUGAAGCGUUUUGUGUUCAACAUUUUCUCACUUGCUGAAUGUUCUUGGUAAAUGCCUUGCUCCAUCAUAUUGUACUGUAUUUUUAUACUGAGGUAAACAAUAAAAUUUGAUUUUUAAUUUUUCAUUUCAA